GAUUCCCAUUCACUUUUAAUUCCGAUCCAUCCAUUCAAAAUCGUACCUGUCACAUUUUUUUUUUUUUCCUCAUUCAAUCUCAUUUCUUUUUAAAUCUAAAAGAAUGUCAAAUCAGCUCAACUUAUCAAUCCCAAGAGACUUAUAUUUGGAGCCUAUUACUGCUCCAUUAAUCACCGGCUGCCGUCUUAAAGCCCUCAUAGACUCUCCACAAUUUCAACAAACUAUUGUCCUUCCAUCAGGGAGGACAGUCUCAUAUGCGACUUGCGGUUCGAAGACAGGGACCCCCGUUCUAUAUUUUUAUGGCUUGGGAGGAAGUAGUCGACAGAUUGCUAGUUUACACGCACAGGCAGUUCGUCUUGAUAUCAAACUGAUCAGCAUUGAUCGUCCAGGAACAGCAUUUACAGAUCCUUUCAAAUCUUCAUCAUCAUCACUCUUUCCAGCGCGUCGCCGGAAAUAUAAAAAAAAAAAGACUACUACUACAGCUACUGAUGCUACUACCGCCAUGACUACGACAACUAUUAAUACGCCUGCAGUAGUAACAGCAAUAGCUACAAGUGUAAAAUCAAAAGAAGCACCAGAAUUAGAAGCAUCCACAUUUCAGAGCACAGCUUGUGAGCAAUUAUCCAUCUCAAAAACGGUAGCUGUUGAUCACUCUCAUCAAAGCCAUGUGGAUACUUCUACCGUUAACAACUCCGUAUCCGAAAAAGAGCUCAACAGCAAGAGCGAUAGUACCAAGAUAGAUGAGAGCUGUGGCAACAAUGGCAGUAACAACAUCAAUAGGAAGAUAACACUCUUGCGUAGAUCCUUUGAUAAAGAUCGUCGAAAAAAGAAGGUCGCUUCUUCCACAUCAUCGUCAUCACCUCCAUCAUCACCAUCCUCGCCUUCUUCCUCCACUUCUUGUCUGUCUACUUCUUCAGAGAGGAUGAUCAAUGCACGCGUUCACCAUACUUGCCUUGAAGCGCUCGCAGUAGUUGAUCAUAUCUCACCUGGCGCAAAAUUCGGACUGAUGGGUCAUUCUUGUGGAAUCUACUACAUUAUGUAUAUGGCUCAUCUGUUUAGUGAUCGACUUCUUCCUGGCCCCAUCUCCUUGUUGACUCCCUGGGUACCAUUCAACGAAUGUCCCGAGACAACCAGCAAAACAUUCAAGUUUUUAAAACAUGUCCCCAAACGAUUAGUAUGGGCUGUCACUAGCUUAAUGAACCAUUUAGGAUCUAUGGUCCUUUCAUCAAGCAAUGCGCUCUCGGGACCUUUGCCCAAUAACAGCAACAAUAGUAGUAACAGGGAUCUGCGUAGUAUAUUUGGUGAAGAUGAGAUAGAGGGUGGCGACAGCAGCGUUGCUAAUCUAAGGACCAAGAAAAGCAAAGAUGAUAUCAGGACAGAUGAGGGUGAUGAUGAUGCGAGCGAUACUGAUGAAAGUAGCGCCGAUCCAUUUAUUGUUCAAUUCUCAGAUUCCUUUGACAAAGUUGUCCUACCAGCAUUAGUUCAAGACAUGAAUCGACAGCAUUCAAAUGGAUAUAACGCAGAGAUCCAGAUGUGUGUCUCUGAUGUCGGGUUUGAUUUAGCAGAAGUGGCAAUGUCCUUACCAGAGGGCAUGACCAUUAACGCCUAUUGUGGUCAUUUGGAUACCAUUGUCCCUAUUGAGGCUUCACGGGAGAUGAGUCAGAAAUGUGGCUGGAAGAUCCAUGAGUUCAUGCACUCAGGUCAUGGUGGUCCUCGGAUGAGUAUGUAUGCACUCGAAGAUUAUGCUCGAGCUGUUCGAGCCAUCAAGUCUGCCGAGUUUGUAACAGAACAGUUCUCAGAAAAACAUCACUCUCCCAAGUUAAAGGCUCAGGGCUGAGUUUAAU